AUGAAUCAAACAUGGAUUUCUUUAUCAAAUACUGAUAGACUAACUAAACGUUAUGAUUAUAAUAAUUUCUUAUUAACUGCUGAUCUAUUUUUAAAUGAUACCAAUAAUGAUAUCAAUAUAAUAUAUCAAUCAUUCUUUUCCUCGUCAGCAAUAACACCACAUGCAUUUCAGAAGAUUUCAAAUAUAAACCAAAGUACAAUUAUUAAAGAUCUCGAAGCAAAUGCUUUAUCAUCACCAAUUGAAAAAUUUAUUCUUACAUUUUUAAUGUCAACAAUGGCAUUUUUAACUGUAUCGGGUAAUUCAUUAGUUAUUAUUGCUUUUAUAUGUGAACCAACUAUAAGAACCUAUUCAAAUUAUUUUAUUCUAAAUCUUUCAAUUGCUGAUUUACUUAUUGGUCUUAUAUGUAUUCCACUGUAUGCUCAUAAAAUAAUAUUCGGUGAAUGGUAUUUAGGUUAUUUCUUAUGUAAAUUAUGGCUUGUAUUUGAUUAUGUUGUUGGUUCAGCAUCGACAUUAUGUAUUGUUGUUAUAUCGUAUGAUCGUUAUCAAAUGGUAUCAAAAGGAUUAAAUUAUAUAUCAAAAACAAAAAUAAGGCGUGCAUUAAAAUUCGUUUUAGGUACAUGGACUAUAGCAAUGCUUAAUUAUGGUCCAGCAAUAUUGUUAUGGGAUUUAUUACCGGGUAAUAAUGAACCAUUUCAAGAUCGUUCGUGUGAUCCACCGUUUGCAAAUAAUUUUCCAUAUUUAGUAACAACAGCAUUUGUUGAAUUUUUUGUGCCAUUUUUUAGUUUAACAACACUCAAUCUUCUUGUUUAUUUGAAUAUUCGUCAACGUUCACAUGGACUUAUACGUACAAAAAAUGAUAAUUCAACCCAUAUCAAAACUAGUCUAACAUCAAACACAGACAGAUCAAUCCUUAAUUAUCCAGAAAAUGGUUAUCAUCAAAAAACAAAAAACUACGAUGAACAAGAACUAAAAAGACUUAACUCAACAAAUAAUAAUCCUUUGCCUGUUACAACAACAUACGCAAAAUCUUCUUCAUCGUUAGCAUUAGCACGUGAUCGGAAAGCAGCGAAAAAUUUAUUUAUACUCGUUUUUGCAUUCGUUAUAUGUUGGUGUCCGUAUACACUUUUAACGCUUGUGCGUGCUUUACGUAAACAGCCCGAUAAGUACAUAUCAGAAUUUAUAUAUGAAAUAACAUUUUGGUUAUUAUGGUUAAAUUCAACAAUUAAUCCAUUUCUUUAUUCUUUUCUUCAUGUAAAAUUUCGUAAAGCUUUCUAUCGAAUUUUAUGUUUUUAUAAUUUAAAUCAUGGUCGUCGUUUAACAGAACAUAGAAUAUAG